GACUCUUCAUAUGUUCCACAUGUGUACGACUCCUCACUAAAAGGCCAAAGUCACGAUUCACGAGUCGCGAGUUGACAGUUCUACACAUCUUCGCACCGUUCUCCGGUAAUCUAACCAGCAAAACAGCUAUGAACACUAUGCAAAGGAGUGGAUCAGGGUCAUUACAGAGCCCUAGAUCCCCAUCUUCACAAGCCCCAUUUCUAUCAGUAUCAGUUACGGAUCCAGCUAAAAUGGGUAAUGGAGUUCAAGCUUAUAUCUCCUACAAAGUCAUCACCAAGACAAAUUUACCAGAGUACCAAGGGAACGAAAAGAUUGUGAUUCGACGUUAUAGUGAUUUUGUAUGGUUACGUGAUCGUCUUUUUGAGAAAUACAAGGGCAUUUUUAUUCCUCCACUUCCAGAGAAGAGCACAGUAGAAAAGUUCAGAUUUAGUGCAGAAUUUAUUGAAAUGAGGCGUCAAGCUCUGGAUGUGUUCAUAAACAGAAUAGCUUCACAUCACGAACUUCGGCAAAGUGACGACUUGAGAACCUUCUUACAGGCUGAUGAGCAGGUAAUAAUUUUAAUUUGCUUGUUUGGGCUAUUCAGUGGAGUUCAUGUGUCAGCUUAACUUUCUUGUGGAGAC